AUGCCAACAUGUCAUUUAUGCUCUCGGGCAAAAUUGUCCCAGAUUUGUACUAAGCGUGUUAGCAAGCAGCAAGAGAGGAGUUGCCACCAUUUGAGUCGGAGCCAAGGAGACGGCAAGAAUCUUGGAUUUAGUGGCAGCAAAUUUGGUCACCACUUUAGAAACUUGAUCAAAUUACAGCACAUCAUCACCUACACCAUCUCUCCCUUUAAACAGAAGGCAUUUGCAAAUUAUUUCUCAAAAGACAUUCCCAAUACAUGGAGGCGAUUUAAGGGUCAAGUGUUCCAGAUUGUUCCUCCAUUUGUAGCGUUGUAUCUUAUUUAUACAUGGGGCAACCAUGAACAUGAAUUGUCAAUGAGGAAGAACCCAGCUGAUUUUGCCAACGACAAAUGGACGGUGGUAUAUGGAGGGGAUCAUUUCUAA